CGCUCGCUGCUCUGGCAGUAAGGAAGCCACUGCGGGACGGUGAGUUUGCGGUUGCAGCUGAGGCGUCGUUGGUUUGUGCUGGUGAGUAACAGCGCUCAGCCUCCAACAUGGUGGUGAUGCUCAAGAUACCCAAGGUCAGGUGCACCCUGAGGAAGGGCUGCAUUAUCAUAGGAGCCCUGUGGCUGGUAUUCUCUGUGCUGGUUAUUGUUGGAGCGCUGCUGGCGGUGAGGAAGCUAGAGCAGAUUGAGGACGAGGAGUACCAACACUACACUGGCACCAGCACCCCAGAAUUGCGGGCAAAUAUCGACUUCGCGCUAGCAGGCUACAGAGCUUUCUUCUAUGUGGCCACCACCAUAGCAGUUAUGGACACCAUCUGUUCCACUAUGCUCAUCUUGGGGGUUUGCUGGGACAGACCUCACCUAGUGCUGCCAUGGGUUAUGCAGCAGCUGGGGGUGCUGCCCAUCAGGGACUUGCUCGGGCUGGCAUUUGCAGUCCUCUGCUACAUGACUGGCCACCUGCCGACGGCCACCGUUACUAUCAUCGUGCUGGUGGUGGUCACAGGUACGACACUUUACUUCAUCCUGGUGGUGUAUGGCCUAUACAGGUACCUGAGGGGUAAGCAGGUGCCUACUUACCCCAUCCGAGCUAGAUGAAGAAACUAACAUCUCUACAGCUGCCAUAUCGUCGGCGCAGCAGCGAGAUAUUGCUACGAAUGUUUCCUGCUUCUUGGACCAUACAAGCACAUACUGGGAUGCUACACCCCGACGAUAACUGAGCUCCACAAUGAUGUCUUCUGUUCGAAGCGUGGGCAACACACAGGCUGCUUAAGGAGGAGUACAGGAGGUCAUCUUAAGCUGUAUUAAGUGUGCAUUGACAAAUUAGUGUUUUAAUCCUAUGUGUUUUAUCAAUUAGAUUCUAAUGUUAUCUUGGUGUAUACCGUGACAUGCAUUAGAAGAAUACUUAUGUGCCAGACUGGUAUUUGGGCAUUCAGUCAUACAAUCAUACAGCAUAGAUGCAUAUCCGAAAGAAGAGACACCAUACCCAUAUUGUACGUACACCCGACUGCAUAUCCAUGUUUCAGUGCAGAUGAACCAUAAUGUCCAACAUCUUGCAGGAAUACAGUAGGGCUGUGAGAGAAGGGGAAUAACGAAUGGACGGGAGACAAUUCUAUGUAGUGUGUGGGAUAUGGAGAUUUGGGUUGUACUGAAGAUGUACACAGGUAAUGGAAGCAGUUAAGACGACCAGUCACGUAAAGCAGUAAAUUUGGAUUCGAAUACCAGUCUGACAUAAAUUUUCAUCUGUCGCCAUUGAGCUGUUUUAGUCCCCCACAACAGUAAAAAGUCGGGAAUUUCUUUCAUGAAUUAUACACACUCUGUUUGUAUCACGAAUCAACAGGCCCCACUGUGCUCAUGUACGCACAGUUAUACAU